GAAGAGGAAGUGCGAGAAUUUGAGAGUGGGAAGAAGCCAUGGCCAUGUACAACCACUCCUAGUCUUCGAUGCAAGUGUGGUAUUCUGGCCACAAAAGGGGUAGUUCCUUCUGAGCUUGGCUACGGAUAUUACUGUGGCAAUAGCUACGGAGAGUAUUGGGAGGGAAGGACAUGUGAUUACGAGUGGUUCCAAGGCCGGUAUGAGCUAAUGAUGCAAUUGGGCAGAACAAAAGAUCCUUGGAAAUCUCGAGACACUUUAAAUAGAAAACUGAAGAUAAGGAAGGAUUACCAAGUUACUUUGCCCCUUGAGUCAUUUCUGUCAGGGCCUAUACUCCAAGACCUACGGCGUGAGUAUGGAAAGAAGGCAGCAGAAAAGGCGACUCUUGAGGAUUGCAUUGUUUAUUGGAGGAAGAACCGAAGCAAGUACCCACGGCCCCUCACAGAUAGGGAGCUUUUGGCAAAUUAUGAGAAGAAGGAGAAGGAGGAGGAGAUGGAAAGGCAGAGGUUAAGGGAGGAAGGAGCAAAGAAAUGUUUUACUGUUGAUCCGGAAGCUAAAUACCGAAAGGGUUCAUGGGAAGAAUAUUUUCAGAAAUUGGAGGCUAACAAGAGGAUGGAAGAAAUGGAAAAGAUGGAGGAUUUAGCUCAGGAGGCUCAGAUGGAGGCAAUGCAGGCCCUAGUUGCCGAUCUGCCACACAAGGUGCCCAACGUUGAGAAUGAUGUGUCAUCCGCAAGCACGGAGGUUUUGGUUGUUAGAGCUACUCAAAUGAAGUCAAUGAAGGCAUUUGUAGGUGACCUACCUGCCCAGGAUCACCCGUCUGACAGGAAAGGAAAAGCAGUGGACACACCUGUAGUCGAUAACCAAGGGAAUAGUGCAGUGCAGGACAAAGGGAAGAGUGCUUCUGAGCAUGACCACGUUCCUGAUGAUGGAGAUGAUGACGAGUGAUGGUCAAUGAAUGUAGAUGAAAUAGAAGUCAGUGUCCCAAAUUGAGGUAAGAAAGGGGAAAGCUGUAGUCCAAGAUGAUGGAGAUGAUGAUGAUGAUGGUUGGGGAGAUCUUUUGAUUGAAGACGACUCUGAUUAGCUUGUUUUAUUUAUAAUUGUAUGACUCUAUAUAUGAUUGGACUAUGUGUGAUGGACUUUUUUUAUUGCUGGACUAUUUAUGUGCAAAACAUAUUCAUGUGGUUGUCGUAUGUGUAUGAGACUUUAUUUGUAAUUUCGAACAUUGUAUGGUUAUGAAAUUAGGAAUUUAUUUAGUUUGUAUCGUGUGCAA